CAACAUCCAAGGCAUCACGAAGCCAGCCAUUCGUCGUCUCGCUCGUCGUGGUGGAGUGAAGCGCAUCUCCGGCCUCAUCUACGAGGAGACCCGUGGAGUGCUGAAGGUGUUCCUCGAGAACGUGAUCCGUGACGCCGUCACCUAUUGCGAGCACGCCAAGAGAAAGACUGUCACCGCCAUGGAUGUCGUCUACGCUCUCAAGCGACAAGGACGUACCCUCUAUGAAGAACCAAACAAUUCUAACCCAACGGCCCUCUUUAGGGCCACAAUUCGUAUUUUUGAGUAUCAUGUUGGGCGGAUUCGUGAAUAAAG